GAUGGCGAGAGGCGGGACUCCGUCGUUUGAUAACAACGCCUUGCACUAGUUCGUAUAAACUGACCGACCUCUGAAGUAUGUUAGACUGGGGACAACUAACUAAGGAAGACAUGAUUCAAUAGACUAUUUAGAAGGGAAUAUCACAAACCCUCAAAAUGAAGGGUCUUUUUCUUGUCGAGCCGGUGGUUGCCUUGUACGCUUUCUCCAGCUUCCUCAUCUAUCCUCUUGUUCAGCAGUAUGUGUACCGGAGGCUGUGGGAACAGCUGACAAACACCACCUAUCCCAUUUCUGACAACACGUCCAGAUGUGCAACCAGCAGCAACAGAAGCGACUCAAGCUACCAUGAGGAGGUCCAGAAGCAGGCGUCUCUCUUCUCCCUCUACACCGAGCUCUUCUCCACCAUCCCCUCCUUGGUGGUCACCCUCAUGCUUGUGGCAUACAGUGACCGAGGGGGACGCAAGAUCACAAUCAUCAUGCCUUUGAUUGGCACGUUGCUCUACACCCUGACCUUCCUGACAGUGUCCUUCUUUGAGCUCAACCUUUACCUGCUCAUCGGCUCCUCACUCCUCAGCUCUCUGUUCGGCGGCUUGGGCACAUUUCUCGGCGGCUGUUUCGCCUACAUAGCAGACCUGUGCGAGGAUGAUCAGCAGAAGACGCUGCGUAUGGCUGGUGUGGACAUGAUGAUUGGCCUGUUGUCUGGCCUGGCUUCAAUAUCAACAGGCUACUUUCUGAGAGCUGCAGGCUUUAACUGGCCUUUUGUUACCUCGGCACUGUGUCAAUGUUUGAUCCUUUUUUAUGCAAUUUUUAUCCUGGAAGAGACUGUGAAGAAGCCUCCCACAGACGCUGUUACCGUUGGGUCUCCUCAGCCCUCUGCCUUAAAACAGAUGUUAUACGGGGUCUACCGGAUGUUUGCAGGGGCCAGCCGCAGGUGUAAAACUGUCCUGGUGCUGCUGAUACUCAUUUUCACCAGUUUCUCCUUCGCUUACAUUGGAGGGAGCUCCCUGAUUACACUUUACGAGCUCAAUGAGCCGCUAUGCUGGACGGAGAUUCUGAUUGGCUACGGCGGAGCACUUUCCUCCACAGUGUUCCUGACAAGUUUCGUAGGAGUGUGGGCGCUCACCUUCUGCGGUGUGCCAAAGCUGCUCAUUAUCCUGACAGGGAUCCUCUCCGUUCUAUCGGGCAUGAUCCUGUUGGGCUUCACAAAGACUACUUUACUCAUGUUUUUAGUGAGGUUGCCGAUGCUCCUGGCUGUUGUUCCUUUCCCUGUCCUGAGAUCCAUGAUGUCAAAGAUCAUCUCAAAGUCUGAGCAGGGAGCCCUGUUUGCCUUUGUUUCCUUCCUGGAGAGUUUAACCAGCAAUGUAUCCGUGGCAGUCUUCAACAGUAUCUAUGCUGCUACGGUGGCAUGGUACCCAGGUUUUGUCUUCUUGUUGUCGGCAGGACUCUGUGCCAUCCCUCUGUUUUUCCUCGGGGUGGUGGGGUUGAUAGGAGUGGAUGUACCAGUAGAGGUAGAAAAGCCAGAGCCUGUCUACCCAGGGGAGGAGGAUCCUGUUGAAGAUCUGAAUGAAAACAGUCCUCUUCUAAUCUGAGCCACACGGACCGCCAAAACCUCACCAGCACUUUGUUACGUUUUUAUAUCCUCAUUUAUUCGUUGUUACUUUUCCUAAAAAGUAUCUCAAUAUAUCUUUUUUUUAUUUUUUUUUUAUUUUAAGUUUAUACUGCGAUUACAGAAGCAUCUCUAUUUGUGCUACUCAGGAUGUUUUAUCUUUUAAACUUUAUUAUUCCAAAAAUACAGAAGGGAGCAAAUUUA